UCUGUUUAGCCUGGUUGCUUUAGAACAUCCGUUAUACAGGAACAUCCAUCUUUAAUGAAAAAUAUAUCAACCUAGCCUACUGCAGGUUCUGAAUUCAACCUGUAUUAGUAAGAACGAGCAAUCUUCUGCCAGAUGGACAACAACCCACCUCUCCCGGACCUUUGGCGCGAAGCGUACAACCGUUGUCUAAAGAGGUUGCCAGCGAAAGAUGUGGCUGCCGUCCUCCGGGUCAACUCCUACGAUGAAUUAAAGGAAAGCAUCUCAUCUAGCAACCGAAAGCUCAUGAACUCGACUAUCCCGAAGACGUUGGCAAAAAUCGAACCUUUCCUUUCCUCAAUCCGACAAUUCUUCUCAAUCAUUGAUUCCAUGGUACAAGCAAACCCCGAAAUUGCCGCACUGGUCUGGGGCUCGAUUAAGUUUUUGUUCGAGUUAUCAGACCGCAUCCAGAAUGCCACCGAACAAGUUGCCGACGGACUGGUCGACAUCUCAAAUCAGAUGCCACGCUUUGAAGCAUACCGUAACAUGUUCGAUAAAGCCGACAGACUUACCCGUGCCCUAGUAGACCUGUACGAAGCGAUUGCGCAGUUUUGCAUAGAUUGCGUAAUCCUCUUCAAUCGCAAUACUUUAAAAAUCCUGGUCAAUACGGUCCUGAAAAACUAUGGCAAACGUUUUCAGGCAGCCCGGUCUCAAAUCGUGAAAGCCUCUCGGUUUGUCGACGUAGAGGCAGUUGCAUGCAACAUGGAACUUGAUGGGUUGAGGUUUGAGCAAGUUAUGAGUGUCCUAAAUCAGUCCUCUAUCGGCGAUCAGCAACCAAACACAAACACCGUCAAAUUUCCUUGUCACCAGAUCCCGUAUGACCGGAAUCCGACAUUUUUCGCAAGAUCACAAGAGCUCGGGGUUUGUUAUGACACUUUGCUCGACCCGGCAGCUAAAAGUUCGAACCUGCGUUGGCUGUCCUUGCAUGGCGAUGGUGGCGUUGGAAAAACUUCCAUCGCCCUUGAGUUUGUGCAUCGACACAAGGACGCGUACGAUGUCAUUGCUUGGUUCCAGGCUGAUAAAGUCCUCAAACUCGAACGCGGGUUCAAAGACUUUGCGGCUCAUUUAGGUGUUCACAAAGACAAGGCAGAUGCGAAGCUGAUCAAAGAGAGGUCUUAGCCUUUCUCUCAGAGACCACCCGAAAUUGGAUCAUGGUUUUCGACAACGUUGAGCAUGAUAUCGCCUUGAAGGAUUAUGUCCCUAAAACU